ACGACAUUGAUUCUCGCCGGACUCCGAAGUACCGCUGUCACAUCCCAAAUGCUAAACAAACAACAAAACGUCCUUUUAAAAGUAAUUCCAUGAACAGUCGUCACUUAACCGCCACUGCAUCGCUGCUUCUCCGAUGCAACGCAGAGUGUUGGAAAUCAAACAUUUCCAGGGUUUUGUUGUCGGUCAAGCGGCUAAAUGCUAACGCGCGAUGCUAACGCUAGCUCCCUAAAAGAGCCGGUGGGCAGCCUGAAGUUGUAGGUGAGUCCAGAUGACGCGGCGGGACACGGCUGAGGGGAUGGGCUCUGUCCGGUGGGCUUUCCGCUGUGGCUCGUGGACACCGAGCAGGUGCGACUGGCUGUUCGCGGCUCGCUGCAUCCAGAGAGAGGAGAAAGAGCGGAUCGGACAAUUUGUGUUUGCCAAGGAUGCGAAAUCAGCCAUGGCAGGCUGUUGCUCAGGAGGUUUGUCUGCGAGAGGAUGGGUGUCCCCUGGUCAGAGUUCCGACUGGAGAGGUCUCCCCGAGGGAAGCCUUACCUGGCGGCACCGACCAAGGUUCAUCAUACUCCAUCUCCACGUGGUUAGUUCAGGUUCAGGUGGGGCCUGGAGUUUCAACCUUUCCCACCAGGGAGACUAUGCUGUGCUCGCUGCAGAGCAGGGGCUGCAGGUGGGAGUGGAUAUCAUGAAGAACACCAUGCCAGGUAGCAAGUCUGUGUCGGAGUUUUUCCGCAUCAUGACUCGUCAGUUUACAGCGUACGAGUGGAGCAUCAUCCAAUCAGCAGCCGCGGAUCACCGCCAGCUCGCUGCGUUCUACCGGCACUGGGCCCUGAAGGAGAGUUUCAUCAAAGCAAUCGGCACAGGUCUGGACUUCGACCUGCAGAGGGCGGAGUUUCACCUGCCCUCCGAACCGCCCUCACAGGACCAAGUGCUGCGCCAGACCAAGAUGCAUCUGGAUGGGAAAGAAGAGGGGGACUGGAUAUUUGAAGAGAGCUUGCUGGAUGUUGACCAUCAUGUUGCUGUAGCGCUCGGACCAGCGGACAAACCAGACUCUGCUCCUCGUCCUUCAUCUCUUUCUCCUCCCACCACGUUCACGCUGCUGUCGUUCAGCGAGCUCGUCGCCUCCGCCUCACCUCUGACAGAGGAAGACCCCGCCUACUGGGACAGCUUCGAGAUAAAGGCUGAAGCUCCGCAGAGACAGAGAGAGACACACGUGUCCAGAUAACCACCCGUCUCACACUGACACUGAAGCUGCUUUUCUCAUUCAACGCGAGUCCAGUUGUGUUUAUCUGUGAAGCCAAAACUCCCAGGUUUGUCUCAGAGGACUUCAGAAUCCAUUCAUCAUCUGACACCGUCCAUCUUCAGAGCCUCAGCUCAGAUAAUACUAAACUCUUACUCACGAACAUACUGGACAGUACAUUCAAAUAUUUAGUUUUGAUUAAUAGAAUAAUUGUUUUUAACCUCAAUCGUAUCUUUCAUUUAUUUUCUCUUUUCUUCCUCAAUGUUACCUCUGACAUUUUUCUUUUCUUCUCUCUGUUCUCGCCAUCUGGUGUCUAUUUAAGUUGAGGACAUUUUGUUGACCCCCCCCCUCUCUCUCUCUCUCUCUCUGUCUCUCUCUCUCUGUCUCUCUCUCUCUCUGCUUGUAAAUGCAGUGUCAGUCUGAGCAUUUCUUUCUGCAUCACAUUAUUUUUAUCGGAGCCUAUAAUCAUUAGCCCUCUCACCUGCGCACACUCACAGAAAGAAAUGACUCCCGAUCAUAGGAAGUUAAGAGGUCACACAAAAUGUGCCAUGUUUGUGACUUUACACACCCCUGCGCCCCCCCCCCCCCUCCCUAAGGUCAACUGUUACAUAAAAACACAAAGUGAAGCCGAGAUCAAUGAGCUAUCCCCACUGCCAAAACUAACCUGAAUUUGUAAAUUAAUUUGAAUUCAAAUCAGUAAGUAAGUUCUCAUACUGAACAGUGUAACCUUCAACUCUGACAGCAGGAAAAUAAAUUGAUUGAUAUAUAUUUUUUUUGUAUAAACUGCUGUGAACUUUUUGCAUAAGACCCAACUUGAGUACGGUGAGUAAACCUCAUUUGUAUAACACCUUUCACAGAAUCCCAAAGUGCUUUAUAUUGAUAUUCAUAUUCAUGAUUUUAAUUUGGGCUAUUACUUGAAAAGGUUUACCUGCUCUGUUCAGUAAACACAUCCUUUCCUCAUACUGUCCAUUCCUGCGGCUCCUCUUUCCAGCCUCUCUCUGAAACACUUGGUUCUAGCUCCUGUCUCUUUAAGGCCCCUCCCUCCCAACGAAGCCCAGUCUGCUCGGAUUGGCCAGGCCGAACCCCCUCUGUUGUGAUUAGUCAACCGCCAGUGUCGGCCUCCCCUCUCGCUUUCCGAUAUCACAAUGUUACAGAUGUAGAUGAUGUCAAAGGUCUGUCAGAAUAGUGAAGACACUCAUUGACAUGGACCUGCUUUUUGACGUGCACCUUCAUGUCAGAUAACCUUCUCUCCUCCGCUCGUUUACUCUUCCUGCCUCCACCGUAUUAUUUUCACACCACAGAUUGUGCUGUUGUAGCCUUAACAUUUCAGCACAAUAGAGGGGAAUUGUGGGUAUUGAUAAAAUGGCAACCUGCUGUCCAGAUGGCUUCUCUGGAGGUCCUUUGUUGGUUUGGUGCAGAACCAGGUACACCCAGCAUGUCAGUGAAAGAGUGUAGUCAGUCAAGUGUGUAUAGGUCAGCAUAUGUGUGUACAUAUACUGUGAAUGAAAGAAAAGAGCUUGAAAACACACACACACACACAAACACAGUCAUUGCCUCCAGCUGGACUGAAUUAGUUUGCCUCCUCGCCAUCUUAAAUCUUGCGUUCUCUGCAGCAGCAGCGGUGGAGGAGUGAGGAGGCAGCGGGGUCAGACUUGAGUCACACAAGUUUCCCUCAGAGAGAGGCCAUUUUUAGUUUCCUCAAGUUUACUGCUGCUGGGUUUUUUUUUGUCUGUUUUUUCCACGUGUGGGAAGGAGACUAGAGUGCUUUGGGCAUCAGACUCAAGAGUUUAGUCUGAGGUGAGAGAUGAGACCAAGCUCGAGGAUAAGAGCAAAGAUUCUUCUUCCUCUGGCGGAGGGGGAGGACAUUUUGUGUCUCGUUUAGACUUUCACUGGCACAUUUUGAAAUUUAGAUUCAGUUUCAAGCCUCCAUGAAUAUUUUUAAGCUCCUUAUAAAAGGGUGGGGGGGCACAUGGAGCUUAUAUAAACUCCAAAUAAUUAAAUCAUUAUUAUAGGUUAUGCAUGUUUUCAUGUGUGUUUGUUAGCAGGAUUAUACCCAAAAAUUAAUAAUCAAUUUCCAUGAAAUAUUUUUGGAGGGGUGGGGCAUAACCCAAGGAACAACUGAUUACAUUUUGGAGCGGAUCUAGGAAUUAUUUUUCAAUAUCUUUAAUGUGGCGAGAUAGGAUGUUAGUUAUUCAUCAUGCAGAUGGUGGACUAGAGUGAUAAAACCCAAGUGAUGCAUACAGAUUGUAGUAGAUCACAGACAAUUAUUUUUGCUUUUGUCUCGUUGCAAAUAUUAACAUUCAUCUCUUGAGACUAAGAUGGAGCCCAGCCAAAGUGGUACAAACUCUGUAUGUUUCUUUGACUUGUGGCUAAAACACGCAGACAAUAAAUGGAAGGAAGCUCA